GAAAUAUAUUUUAAAAAUAAUUUCCUACGAAAUAUUACUAUAUAUUUAAAAGUUAUUUCUUUUAUAGUAAUUAUUUUUUACGUAAUAUGAAAUAAUAAUUUAUUUCCCGCGUAAACACUAUUAUGCACUUUCUGCGGUGUUUACAUUAUAGGGCACUUCAACCAAAAUUUAAGCGAAGUGUUUGCUUGUGUUUGUGAAUGUAACUAAAACGUAAACUAUUAAAUGAUAUAGGUACAGUAGUGUGAAGUAUUACUGUAUUUUAGAAGAUGACGUCCAUGGUAGAAGGGGUGGUAGAGGAGGACAGCUUCAACAGCACGUCGUACUUCGACAGCCUGAAGCUGAACGCGUCCAACAAGAGCUGGGUGGAGCUCAUGGAGGAAGAGGAGAUGGAGGACUACAGUCGCGGCCCCUGGGCGCGUCCCGCAGGCACAGAGGAGAACAUGGGCAUGUCGGAAGUCACGACCGCGAUGGACUACAAGCCACCGGGCCCCGGGCCCCACUGCAAGUCCGAGAGCCCUGGGCCCCAUUGCAAGUCCGAGAGCCCUGGGCCCCAUUGCAAGUCCGAGAGCCCCGGGCCCCAUUGCAAGUCCGAGAGCCCCGGGCCCCACUGCAAGUCCGAGAGCCCCGGGCCCCACUGCAAGUCUGAAAGCCCCGGGCCCCACUGCAAGUCUGAAAGCCCCGGGCCCCACUGCAAGUCUGAAAGCCCCGGGCGGAGUGGCGAGCCCGCCGGCCCUAGCCCCGUACUUAUCAAGCAGGAGGUGAAGAGCGAUGGAGAAGAGGCGGAGGAAGUGGCGAGUGUGAAGUGCGAGGCGCAGGUGAAGCGAGAGCCGUGUGGUGCGGAGGUGAAGACGGAAGAGACCCUGCAGGAGCAGAGUCGCGGCUGCUCGCGGCCGCCAAACAGAGACGACGAGGACGCUAAGGCUUGGAGGCGGGAGCAGGAACUGGGACAGGACGACAAGAGGCGGUGCCGUGGGGACCUCGCGGCCGGGAGCUGGAGGCGGGAGCCGGGGCCGGGACAGGUCGACAAGAAGGAGAAGGAUGAGGGCCACCCGGCGGAGCUGCUGUUCAACUUCGAGACUGCGCGCAAGAGGCGUCACCCCAGGAGGAACCCAGACGGUGACGAGGUGCACAAGCAAGGCCCACGCUACUGGGAGGGUCAGAAUGCAGCCAAGAAGCAGCGCAGGAACUUAACACACAGGGACAGCUCGAGCAGCGGCAGCAGUCACGGCAGCCUCGACACCAAGAAGCAGAGGAAGCCGGUGGAGUACGAGAAGGACCCGGUGAUACUGGCUCGCCGCCAGAAGCAGAUCGACUACGGCAAGAACACGGUCGGCUACGACAACUACCUGCAGCAGGUGCCCAAGCAGAGCCGGACGCGGCAGCACCCCAGGACGCCGCCCAAGUACAUGAAGUACAGCCGGCGGGCGUGGGACGGCAUGGUGAGGAUCUGGCGUCAGCAGCUGCACCUCUGGGACUCCCCCUCCGAGAACACCUUCCAGGCUUAUGUGGCAGUUGAUGAUAAUCUUUUGCCAUGUGACGAGCAGACUGUUGAAGAGCUGUGUGAUGGACAGAAGAACCAAAGUGAAGCAGAAGAAGAGGAUGAAGAAGAGCAAGAAACACCACGACCAACAAGUGCAAAUGCUCUGGACAGUUUGGGGAUUGUCCAAAGUUAUAUAGAGGCAGUUAGUAAUGUUCGAGAUCAUGUGUGGAAAAGUAUUUUCAAUUUGGAGCAGUUUCUGUUUUCACAGUCAUUGAAAACUGCCAAACAGAAGAAAAAAGGUGACUUUUAAAAAAUAAAAAAGAAUGAUGAACAUGUUACACAAUAAACGUGAACACUUACAAUUAAUUUUUGAUUUGUAAAUGCAACUAAUUCAGAAAUACACAUACAUACAGUAUAUACAUGUACUUAUUCCAUUUAUAUUUAAGUACAGAUGAAAUUUCAAACAAAAGUUUGUACAUGUGUAGUGCAUUAAAAAUAAUAUCUGCAUUUGCUCAUAAAACUGUUGCUUUGAGUAUUUUCAUUCGUUCUUUUCUUGGCUUAGGCCUAUGUGUAGUUAAGAUUUUGCUUUUGAGGAUGUAUUGCCAAUAUAAAAGUUUUCCCAGAUAUAAAGUUUCCCCUCUAUAGUGAACAUAUAAACUACUCCCUUCAGAUUCAUUAUAACAGGGUUCUACUGUAUAUAUGAAAGUUUGGCUCUAAACAAAAAUGUUGGAAAUAGUUUCCUUUUUAGGAUUCCAAGGUUGCGUCACUGGGAAUUUUUUUUAAUGAUUUUUUAAUUUUGUACUCAUGGCCUUUCGAUAAUUUUUUUUUAAUAUGGUUAUAUCUUUAAAGUUCAUUGUUCAUAAUUUUUUUCAAAAAUCUUAAGAUGUUUUUGUCUUCUAUAUAUGUGUGUGUGUAAAUGUAGGACCGAAAGUUUUUUUAAAAUUUGCUUUUUUGUAGUUAUGUCUUUUUGAAUAUUUAUAUUCCUGCUUAGAUUCUUUACUGUAUAAAUAAAUAAUUGAAUUAACUACUCCAAAUGUAACAUGGAACACAAGGAAACCAAACUCUAUUUGUGUAUUUGCUUUGCAGUUAUAAAUGUUUAAUUUAGGUUUAUAAACAACACUUAAUUAAAUUUUUGACAGUGC